GGGUGGCGAAGCAAGAGUGGGGGAGGGUGCUGAUCGAGGCGAAUGGAGGAAGAUCGGAGGGAUCGUUGAACCGCGGUAGCGACGAACGCGGGGAGUCGACUCGACGAGGGAGAGAUUCGUCGACUCGCGACGCACCUUAGACGGGCGCGCGCCGUCGUUUUACCUGGACUCCAAGUCGCUGGUAUACGUAGAUCGAUAUCUUUGUAAGCAAUGGACGACUCUCCGUUGCAAAAAGUGGAGCUGCAAACAGACGUCUACAUGGUCUGUUUGCAGCACGCCCUAUCCACGGAGAACUUUGAAGUGAUGGGCCUGCUUAUCGGUAACUUUGCUUGUGGAGUAGCAAAAAUAUCAGCUGUUAUUAUUUUGCGACGUCUAGAUAAGAAGAAAGACAGAGUAGAGAUUUCGUCGGAGCAAUUACUGAAAGCCGCGGCCGAAGCCGAACGAUUAACCGUAGAAUUAAAGCGACCUAUGCGAGUCCUUGGCUGGUACCAUUCGCAUCCGCAUAUUACCGUUUGUCCGUCACACGUUGACGUCAGAACUCAAGCUACCUACCAGACGAUGGAUCACAGUUUCGUUGGCUUGAUAUUCUCAGUGUUUUCGGAGGGCAAAGAAUCGAAAGAACACGAGAUCUUCUUAAAUUGUUUCCAAUCGGACAACGGUGAAGCUACAGAGAUACCAUUAGAGAUAGUACACACCCCGGAUAUCUCAGACAGAUGUUUGAGAACAAUGACGGACCUAUCAAAGAUUUUGGUACAAGAAGAAGAAGAUAUGGCUGAAUCCUGUAAGGAUCAUCCGGAUGUUCUCGCCAGUAUCCACAAUGAUGCUGUCAGGACACGUGCGUUAGUUCAUAUAACGGAUAUCAUUACAAAGCCUUUGGUACAAACGUUUGAAAAAAGAAUAACGUUAAAUAAAUUGCGCACUAUUCAUCUCCGAAGACAGCUACAAGAAUUACAAAAGAUGUGUAAUGGAUAAAGAGAGAACUUUUUCACAGUCAAUAAUUAAGUAAUGUAAUUACAAUAAUGAUUGUUUUAAAUAAUAAGCUCUUACGUAAUAAAAAUAAAAUUUAGAUGAC